UCGAUCGCGCGAAGGUUUGUUUUUGUGUAUGUCGCUCCUGCUGUUUGAAAAGUUGCCCAAGUACUUUACUCCGAUUUUACUUUUAUUAUUGCAAAUGUUUGAUUCCGCCGACUGUCAGAUGCAUACCACUAAUAUGCUUCUAAUAAUUACUCUGCUAGAUUUCGUUAGAAAUAGUCAACAGACAUUGUAAACGAUCAGGGAAUUUCGAAAAACAAGGUACCUUCGAUAUGAACAGCAGACUGGAAAUAUGGCCGAAGUUUCGUAUCUCUCUCAUCUAGGCCUCCGCGGUAAAACCGUAAGGCGAAGAUUGUGGCGAAAAAAACGAAGCCGUGACUGGUGGGUGAACGUCGUCCCAUCAUACACAGAUAGCGAUUUUAUCGAAGAUUUCAGGUUGAACAAAGAUACAUUUAAAUACUUUGUGAAUGAAAUCAAGCCUGCAAUUGAGAAAAAACAAUGCAACAAUGGUUUGACAUUCUGCACAGAGUGGCGAGUCGCAAUGACGCUGUACAGAUUGUCAUCUGGAAUGUCUUUUAAGAAAACUGGUAACCAAUUCGGAUGUGCUAAAUCUACAGCUUGUAUUGUCUACCACCAAGUUUGCAAGGCCAUCGAGGCAUUACUGAUGCCAAAGUUCAUACAGUUUCCUACAGGACAAGAUAUCUCAAAAAAUAUUGAGAAAUUCAAGUUAAAAAAUGGCUUUCCGCAAACUGUAGUAGCAAUUGACGGAACACACAUACCUAUAAUCGCACCAGAGGAAGAACCCAAUGAUUAUUUUAACAGGCACGAUGUGCACUCCAUAAUAUUGCAAGGUGUAGUGGAUGCGGAGGGGAUGUUUAUUGAUACUUUUUGUGGGAUGCCUGGUAGCGUAAACGACGCUAGGGUUUUUCAAGUUUCCCAGUUCAGUCUUGCUCUUAGAGAAGACAGACUAUUUCAGCCUUGUCCUACAGAAAUAAUUAAAGGUGUGGAAAUACCACCAUUAAUAUUAGGUGAUGGGGCAUACCCUAUGUUAGCAAACCUUAUGAGACCCUUUGCAGGGAGGAAUUCUCUGCCAAGAGAAAAAACCAAGUUUAAUCAAAAACUUUCUGGGUGUAGGGUUGUAGUGGAGCAAGCGUUUGGAAGACUCAAAGGAAGGUGUCGAAUCCUUCUCAAACGCAAUGAGCACCAACUGCAAAAUCUACGGCAUGUUGUGCAGGCAUGCUGCACACUGCAUAACAUUUGUCAAACAAAUGGCGUUCCAUAUAGGAAAAAAUGGAACGAAAAGGUUGAUGGCAAGAAGAAAAAAAAACAAGGUUUCAGACAGAACAACUGAAUCCCCUAGAGCUGAAAAAAUAAGGAAUGCUAUUGUCGAGCAUAUUAUGGACCAGUAGCACUUUAUUUCAAAAUUAAAUAUUUUUCACUACAGUAACCUCUUGUUUAUAGAAGGGACGUUUUAGCAUGUUUAUGCAAAUGAGCUGAACUUAGUGCAUAUUAAUUUAGUUAAUAAUCCAUUUUCCUUUGCUGGUAUUUCAUGUGGUUAGUUUCAGCAAUUUUUACCAUGUUGUAAAUAAAUACUUUACAAAUAUA